AAAGGCCCUCUUACUUGAAACCUUUAGAAUUUUGAUAUUCUUGAAGCAUUUUACUUAGAUUUUCAUCGAGUGUGUUGAUAAUAUAAAGAAGGAGAAAGAUGCCAGAGAUUCGGAGACUACGUCAGGUGAAUCAAGAAACCAUAGGGAAAAAACUAAGAAUCCGGGGAAAACUCACAAGACCCAUGAAGAAAGUCCGGGUCAUCUGUAGUGACCCGGAUGCUACCGACUCAUCAGAAGAUGAGGAAAUCGGUGCAAAGAAGGUCAAGCAUAUUGUUCAUGAAAUUUGUUUUCCAAUUGGGGACUCUUUUUGCCUUCCGGAAGCCCCUGAAAUAGAAAACUCAGUUCAGGAUUGUAGCAAUGCUGCGAAAAACCCCAAGAGGAAAAGGAUUUUGAGCAUAAAUCUGAGCUCCAUUCCGGGGAAAUGCAGAGGUGUGCGACAGCGUAAGUGGGGCAAAUGGGCUGCGGAAAUUCGUGAUCCCUUCAAAGGAAGAAGAAUUUGGUUGGGUACGUAUGACACUGCUGAAGAAGCGUCGAGGGCAUAUGAAAUGAAACGACUAGAAUUUGAGGCUUUGGCUAAGGCUAAUAGAAUCGAGUCUUCAGACUUCUCUGACGAUUCAAGUGGAACCGUGGCUUCACAUACUUCUCCAUCUUCAGUUCUUGAAAUGGAUUCUUCGACUUCGGCUUCUGGUUUCAGUUUCAAGCGUGAUGAUGAUCAGAAGGUUCCUAAAGUUAACUCAGAAGCCAAUGCUGCUCAGCAGAAUAUGACUAAUUGGGGAGUAACAGACGAAGAGAUUUCAUCUCUGCCGCCAUUUGUAGAAGGGAUGGACUUAGACUUUGAACUUGAGUCACCACUGAUGUGGGGUGAUUCCGGGAUACCAAUUGAUGAUGAUCUUCUCAGUGGUUUUCAAGAUCUUCCAAUUUGUGGGUUGGAGGAUUGUGAUCAACCUCCAUUGCCUGAUUUUGAAUUUAAUUUCGACUGUGCUUGGAUGGAUCAACCUCCUUGAAUGGUGAACCAUUCAAUAUGUCAUUCCCAUAAGUUUGGCGUCUAAAUUAUAAUAUGAAUUUGAAGUGUGUUAUUCAAGAACUCGCGUACUAAAUUCGUCUGUAAAUGAAUGGACCAGAUCUGCCCAUAUUCGAUUU